GUUUUAAUGUUUGAUUUUGAUAUGAAACUACUUGCAUAUUAAACUAUGACCGCAUUCUGAUUUGAGGAGACUUAUUCCUUCAGUGACAUAUAAGAAGAGCCGAUGGCUCUCGUGUCGAUAAAGCUAGUCGCAUCGCAAGCUGAUUGUGACACAAACGCUCACAUUUAUUGUAUGGUGCUUAAACGUGCCUGCCGUUUUCUACUUUCUACCCGCACGAUUACUCGUCAUGCCUGCGAUGAUGUGCCCAUCCCUGAAGAACAAGAGACAGAGGGCCAAAGACAACUACACAAUCUGCUGCUACAGCAACUAGAUACAGAUGUAAAUAUUGACCGGUGUAUCGCUAAGAAGAAAUGCUUUGCUCCAGCAGCAGUAUACAAGCCUUUCGGGGAACAGGCAGCUGGUGUAAGGAGUCUGUCCCAGUUCCAGGCCUUGCAGGACGGGGAUCAGGAACUGGCCACUCUGAGAGAGCUGGGUCUUACAGAUGCUGAAAUAGAGCUGUGGAGAUGCAGGGAUCAACCAGAAAGCUCUUGGAAGGACAGAGGGGUUUGCAUUGCACCUGAGGUCAGGAAUGAGCGCCUGCAGGUCAUCCGGGAUAAAAUGGCAGCGCAUGCCGAGCUGCUGUCCAGACCUCAGCGUUUCUCAAGCAGUCGGCCACUAUCCCGUAGGGAGAUGGAAAUCGAAAAGGCUCUUUUUCAAGGCAGUGACCGCAGCAGCUUCCUCACUGCCCUUUACCAUAGAGAGUCACCGGUCAGCCAGCAGGGGGCGACAUCCGCCAAAGCAAUGGACCAUUUCUAUAAAGACUUUCUUGAAGACCAGAACAAAAACAUUUUUGAUAUUUCCGAGUGUUUGCCUCAACCAAAAAUUGCCACUAAUAUCCAUUCUGAAUCACCAAGCUCUAAAACAGACCAAUCACAAACUCCCACAGUCCACGAUUCCAGCCCAACCAAAAACAAACACAUAUGCUCAGAACCAAGCUCCGUGUCAGACACCGUCAACCAACCACAGCCUCAAGAAAAGAGGGCUAUACCUACGAAAGUGACGUUAAGCCAGUCCAUUGGCACACUAAGUGCAGCUUCUGUCCGUGGUCAUGAUGGGCCUGUUACAGUGAGUGGGAGGAUAGAGGAUGUUUCAGAUGAAGAGAUCAAGAACAAUCGGGAGACAGAAGAGGGUAUACGAAAUAUUCCACGAUUUAAGAACUACCAGAGAGGAACGCCAUCUAAUGUCCUGUGCGUGAAGAACAUGAGUCCACGGGCAUCACUGGCUCAGCUGGUUUCUCUCUUUUCGAGGUUUCAGAAAGACGACACACAGCCCAUUCUGUACCGCUUGCUAACUGGCCGACUCAAGGGCCAAGCUUUCAUUACAUUUUCUGAUGUCAAAAGUGCCCAAGCAGCUCUCGACUUGUUAAAUGGCUACAAGCUGCUUGAAAAGCCACUGAUCAUUGAGUUUGGUCGAGAGAGAAGUAAAGAAACGGAUGCACCCUCUGCAGAUCCCAAGACCACUUCAGUACAACAGGACAAACCAUCCUGCAACGAGAAACCUGUCUAACUGUAUUUAAUAGGCUUUUCUUUAUUUGUAAACAAAAUAUUAAAUGAUUAAUUUACAUUCACUUCAUAUGCUGUUUAUUUGGAAAUAAAGUGAAGUUGUGAAUGCCUGAAGGGAUAAUUGUAAUUCUUCUGUUCACCAACAGAUGUCACUCUGACUCCAUUACUUAAUUCAAGACGUCAAAAACCCUUGGUAGUGUCCUGCGCCAUUGAUGUAUGUUUUCUUGAACAAACAAACAAUUUUAUUACAAAAAUAGUUCUUCUAAAUGACAUUCCAGGAUGACUCAACAAUCACCAGGAGCAACACAGCUUGACUGUACACUAGCUCUGAUGUUUGCAUGUGUAGACGCUUUACCUCUGCUUUUCUGAAAUAUAUACAAGGUUGUGCUCGAAGUCAAUGAACCCUACACGUACAGGACUCACCAAAAGAGCCAAUUACAUUUCGGUGCGAUGUUUGCUACUCUGUCUUUCCCACGUAGUUACACAUUAAAAUGAAGUUAAAAUCAA